UCUUCGCCUUAUUUUAAUUCGACAUUGUCUGCCACCCUACCGGCUACAAAUAAUAUUACUAACGUUCAAAAUUCGACUCCCAGUAAUGUGACUACAAAUAACGCUUCCGUUACCAACUCUCGUAACUAUUCAAACGCUAGUGGUGUUACUCACCAUAAUUAUCAACAUCAUCCUCAUAAUGAGACUUCUAUUAUGCCACCACAACGAACUAUUGGAAUGAAUUCGCAAUUACUUACUGCCAAUAGUUAUGGUCAAGGAACUCAAGCAAAUACUGAUUAUAGUAAUAAUAAUUUCAUUCCUCAAAGAACGAUUUAUAAUGGUGCUGUGCCUUCUACGAUUCAUCAAAAAUCAAUUCCGAGGACGAUAAAUACAAAUAUUCAUCAAAGUCCUCAGAAUUCAUAUUCACGGCCAAAUUCUGCAACAACUUCGCCUAUAACCAGUUCUAUCGCACCACCAUUAUUUACUCAAACUAUUGCUCAAACAUUGAAUACAGACGGUCAUGGCAAUAAUACUAUGCAUUUACCAAUGUUUGAAUCGAAUAAUAACUUAUCGUCUGGUCCACCAAAAAGUUAUUAUUCUCGUUUGCCUCUUUAUGAUAGACCGUUCAAAUGUGAUCAAUGUCCGCAAAGUUUUAAUCGCAAUCACGAUCUUAAACGUCAUAAACGCAUACAUUUGGCCGUGAAGCCAUAUCCUUGCCCAUAUUGUGAGAAACAAUUUAGUCGCAAAGAUGCACUUAAGAGGCAUAUUCUCGUUAAAGGAUGUAACAACAAUUCAGUAAGUAAGAGUGAAUCUUUAUCAACAAAUACUACCGGAAAUGGACAACUUGUUACCGUUGGAGAAUCUUUAUCAAAUUCAAGACGAAAAUAUGAUACUUCACCAAUAGAAAGCUAUGUUGAUAAUAGAAUUCCUUAA